UUAACCAGAAAGAACACUCCGAGACCAAAGUCCGUCGCUGCGCUUGUCUUACGUCACUUGUCAUUCCGGAUCGUCUUUGGGUGUUCCCAGUGUCAACAAGAGACGGGACGAGGCCUAUUUUCCUCUCGGUUUUCCCCCGUAAUUGUAGAAUAAAAAUGGCCGUGAAUGUUUUUUCUACCAGUUCCACUGUUGAAAACCUGAGCCGUCAUGAUAUGCUCAACUGGGUCAAUGACUGCUUGCAGUCUUCCUAUACUAAAGUGGAAGAACUCUGUACAGGAGCAGCAUACUGUCAGUUCAUGGACAUGCUCUUCCCAGGUUCCAUUAUGUUGAAGAAGGUGAAAUUCAACACAAAUUUAGAACACGAAAUUGUUCCUGUCGACAAACUAAUAAAAGGAAAAUUCCAAGAUAAUUUUGAGUUUUUGCAGUGGUUUAAAAAAUUCUUUGAUGCAAAUUAUGAUGGGUCAGAGUAUGACGCUUUAGCCGCUCGAUUUGGGGAGCCCAUGAUGGGCAAGAGUGGAGUCGCUAGAAAACCAAUCGGAGGGGCUCCCAGAGCCAUGGCCCGACCAACAGGAGGAGCUUUGACAGGAGCACGUGCCACUCCUUCUCGCAUUGCCUCGCGGCCAGCUACAACCGCUCGUUCUCCUGGUAUGAAUAAUGCUCAAGUUGAGGAACUUUCUAGUCAGUUGAUGGAAAUGAGAUUGACAGUUAGUGGCUUGGAAAAGGAACGCGAUUUCUACUUCGGCAAGUUGAGAGAAAUUGAAGUCCUAUGUCAAGAUGAAGGGGAGAGUGCUCCACUUAUUCAGAAAAUAUUGGAUAUUUUGUACGCUACAGAGGACAAUUCUGCGGAGAAUGCAGGCAACUUUACAGAGAACUUCCCUGACCAUGUGCAGGAUGGUUUCGCUGCACCAGAGGACGUGGAAGACGUGCCGCCACCACCCGAGGAGGAAGAGUAUUAAUUCAAAUAAAACGUUAAACCUUUGCUCACGCACACGUCAUAGUGAGCUUAGUUUUUAAGUUUUGAAUGUCGUUCCCAAAGCCUCUCAUUUAGGACUGUAGUGUAAACAAAGUCUGGUCUAUCUUUUUGCAAUCUCAAGGCUUUCACAUAUUAAUCCAUAGGUUUAAGUUUCGUACCAGAAGAAAAUCAAAAGGUUAUGAUUUUCAAAUUGAGGCCGGAACCCCAUGGUUUUUUUUGCCCAGUGACGGGAGACUUCGAUGUGAAUGGGCCAGCCACAGAAAUCUUAACAUUACAUGUCCGAAGAGAUAAGGCUUGUUGAAGCUGAGUACAUACUCAUAAUGUCUUUUGUUUACAUGCUGUGAAGAGCUUAUUUGUAUAAAGAAAAAAAAAUUGAAAUGCUUCUUCAUUCCAGUCGCUUU